AUGUCUUCCUUAUCUUUCCAAUUAUCAAAAUUACGUUCUUUAAGAAGAUUACUCCACUACAGGUUAAAAUCAGUGAUCUUAGCAAUAAGUGUCAUAUUUAUCAUUUCAAUAAUAUUAAUAACUUCCAAUGGUAAUUAUAAUAAUAAUAAUAACACAAUUAUAACCAACUCGUGGUAUCCUUCUUCAAAUACAUUUGGAUUUUAUAAUACUAAAAAUUUUGUGGAUACAAAAAAAGAUCUAUCACAUCUAGAUCUUUCCAAUGUUUUAUCUAAAACUCUGGUUAAUAAAUUUCCAAUCCCUAAUGAUGAAACUUUUUCCAAAUUUGAUGAUUUUAAAUUCACUGGUUAUAUUACAAAUUUAAAUAUUCAAAAUUUAAUUGAAUCGAAAAAGGAUGAAUUAGAUAAGCAUGAAUUAAAAUCAAAAGAUGGUUCUCCGAUAACUGUUAAAGAAUUCGAAUUAAUGUUAACAAAUAAUUAUGAUUCUUUGGUUGGUUGUGAAGAUUUAGCUUAUUCUUCUAAAAUUCAUUAUUCCGUGGAGAGAAAAAUCAUUUCUGAUGAUUUAUUAUCCUUAAGAAAAGAAAUUAUUAGAGCUGAAGAUGAAAUUGCUAAACAUAUGGUUCAUGAUAAUGAAAAGGGUAAAGAUGAUGCAGAAAUUGUGAAAUCAAAUUGGUUUAGAUUUGGUUCUUCUAGUGUUUGGUUAGAAAAGGAACAAUGUUAUAUCACAGUAACAAGAUUAAUGUAUUCUUCUAGGGGUAGAAAACAAGGUCCAGAUGUUUCCAUUGUUAGAGCUCAAGCUUUUGAUAGAAAUUGGAAUGAAUUAUUUAAUAAACGUAUACCAAAAUUAGACUUGAAAAUUCCUGAAAAUUUGGAAGAAGAAUUGAAAAAGAUAGAUAUAGAAUAUGGGUUAUCCUCUGAUGUUUGUAAAGCUUUCGAUGAAACUUCUUCCGAAUAUGAUAGUUGUAUUAUAAAUCAAAAAAAGAAUUAUUUAAAAAAUGAAAAAAGAAGAAAUCAAUUAUUAAAUAAAUAUUUCAUUACUUAUCCAACGAUUUAUAAAUUCCCAAUUAAAUUCGGAGGUAGAUUUUCUGGCCCUGAAGAUCCGAGAAUUAUUAUGAAAACUACUGAAAAUCAUGUAGCUGAUGAACCAGUGGUUGUCUUUAAUAUGCAAGAUAGUGGUAGUAGAAGGAUGUAUGGGUUCUUCCCACACCGUACAGUAGAUUCAUUAAUUAAAUUUGAAAUUCAUAAUGAUGGGAUGAGAAAUCAAGAAAAAAAUUGGGCUCCAAUUUUUACUGAUAAUGAUUCCUCAACAGAAUUUUCUCGUGGUUCAAUUCAUUUUAUUUAUAAUUUCAUGCCAUUAGAAAUUUUAAAGUGUUCUUUGAAUGAUGGUAGUUGUGAAAAAGUCUUUUCUAAAAAAACAUUGGGUCUCUCUGAUAAAACAAAUUUCGGUGGUGUUCGUGGUGGUACUCAAUUUGUUCCUUUGCCUUCAGUUAUACCAAGAAUUCCAGGUAAACAACUUUGGUUAGGUUUUUCAAAAUUACAUAUUGAUAAAUGUGGUUGUGGUGAAAAAUUCUAUAGGCCUAUGUUGAAUAUUUUGGUGGAAGAAAAAGGUAUAUAUCAUCAAGAAUUGAUUGUACCUUCUAUGGACUUUAAUACAGAAGUUUUAGAUUGGGAUACUACAUCAUAUUCUUGUAAAUACUAUAAUGUCAUGUCUCCAAACUCAAUCGCUUUCUGGGAUGUGAUCUCACAAGAUCCGAACAACAAAAAGUUCGAUGAUUUAUUAGUGUUUACAUAUAGUGAGGCUGAUGAAAUUUCAAAAGUCAUGGCUAUUAAAGGCCUACUAGAUUAUGUUUUGAACUUAUAUUCUGCUAAAGACCUUGAAGAAGAAUUUAUUCCUUCUAGAGAUGUAGAAGCUAUUUUAGCAACAACAUUGGGCUGUGUUAAACAAUAUGCCGAAAAUGUUUGUAAAGAAUAUGGUGCUUUACAUCCCGUUGAAGAGGAGGAAAAGGAAAAGGAAAAGGACAAAAAACAGUAA